AUAUAUCGCAGAGCCGCAAAUUCCUUUCUCAGAUGCAUACAAGUAGUUAUAACAAAACUCACAACAAAACAUCACUCAACACAACUCAAAGUCAAAUCCAUUUUCUACUCCUACGAAACGGCGUCGUCUUCUUCGUCGUCCAUGGUGAAGCAGCAGCAGACCAUCGGGAAGCCCUCGGAACGAAACGACUUCAAGUACAAGGGAGUACGGAAGCGCAAGUGGGGCAAAUGGGUAUCCGAAAUCCGCCUACCCAACAGCCGCGAGCGAAUUUGGCUCGGCUCCUACGACUCGGCCGAGAAGGCGGCUCGAGCUUUCGACGCCGCGCUUUUCUGCCUGCGCGGCCGCACCGCCAAGUUUAAUUUCCCUGACAACCCGCCCAACAUUUCUGGCGGUCGGACGCUCAGCCCGGCGGAGAUCCAGGCCGAGGCGGCUAGGUUUGCGAAUUCGGAGCCUCCGACAACCCAGCAGCACUCGGAUCAAUCGAUGUCGGAGUUGCAGACGGAGUCUCAGUCUCAGUCUCCAUCCCCGUCGGUGUCGGAGGGGAGUGGAACGGUCCUGAUGGACAGUGAUUUUCAAGUGACUCAAAACGAUUCGUUUUCGGAUCUUUUUAGGACAUUCGGGUCGGGUAAUUACGCAACGGAAUACGGGUUGUUUCCGGGUUUUGAUGAGCUGAACGGACAGUUUUUCAGUCCAGCAACGACAGAGCCAACGGCAGCCGUUGAUUACUACGCGGAAGAGAACUUGGACGGCGUUAUACCGGCUCAGGAAUCUUUCCUCUGGAAUUUCUAAAAUUGGAAUUUCCAAAGACGUACACGUACAGAGUCUAAUUGAGAUAUAAAAAAAUUAAAAAAAUUAAAAAUUGAAUUUUUAAUUUUUAAUUUUUUUCAUACGGGUUGGAGCUCCGGAAAGUUUUAGUUUCUCGAAGCUUGAUUACGUAACCCUAUUAUGGAUGAACCAAUUUUUGUGGAUGCCAUCCUAGAUCCUAGAUUGCAUUUUGUUCAUGCAAUUGGUACAAACAACACAAUUGGACUCGUAUAGAUUUUUGAAACUAAAUGUAUUUAUUCUGUGCUUAAUUUAGUGGAAAUUUUAUUCAUUUA